UCACGUACGUAGCACUUCACAAUGCCCCUCAAAAAAUAUUUAAAAAUUGUCAGCCUUAUGUAACCUGUAUAGUUAAAUAUGAGCACAUUUGAACAUUUAAAUUAUUUGCCAUCAAAUUAAUUAAACGGUCUGAUUAAAACUGGUGUAUAAUUAACAUGUGGCGAAAAGAUGACGAAAAUGGUGACUGUGCACAUUACAUUAUCUAUAAAGCUGAUUGACAGAUAGGCUCCAAUGAGUGCGGCGCUAUCCCACCGCAGUGUGAAAAACAAACCGAAAGAAAGUGCUGACAUCAGGUAAGGCAAGGCGGGGGUGAGAGCCGCCCUCCGUGCCGGAGUGUCGCUGUGGGCCGGCAGAGGGCUUCCUGCUGGGACACUCCGCUGGGGUGAGAGGACGCAGGAGCCGAGUCACUUCGGAACUGGGGGGAAGACCGUAAAACGGCAGAAAUGACUGAGCUGAGGAAGCGAGGUGGCGGGGAGCCGGCCAGUGCGGAGAAGGAAGCAGAUGGAGAAGAGCGGCUGGCUCUGGGACUGGGUCUGGCUGGAGAACCUGAUGGGGAAGCAGAAGGAGACUCCAAAGCAGACACCCCAGAGGCACCACCAUCUGUGGACAACACCCCACAGUGUCUGAGCAAGGCCCUGGAAGGACUCUCCUCUAGAUGGAGGAACUGGUGGAUAAGGGGCAUUUUAUCAUUAACGAUGAUUUGUCUCUUCUUCCUGAUCAUCUACCUGGGGCCUAUCAUGUUAAUAAUUGGGGUCAUGGUGGUUCAGAUCAAGUGUUUCCAGGAAAUCAUAACCAUUGGGUACAGAGUCUACCACUCCUAUGAACUGCCGUGGUUCAGGACACUCAGCUGGUUCUUCUUGAUUUGCGCAAACUACUUCUUCUAUGGGGAGACAGUGGCCGACUACUUCGGCGUCCUGGUCCAAAAGGAGGAGCCUUUGCAGUUCCUUGUACGAUAUCACCGCUUCAUUUCAUUCACACUCUACCUGACAGGUUUCUGCAUGUUUGUCCUGAGUUUAGUGAAGAAGCACUAUCGGCUGCAGUUUUACAUGUUUGCUUGGACCCAUGUGACUCUGCUGAUUGUGGUCACUCAGUCACACCUUGUGAUUCAGAAUCUGUUUGAAGGGAUGAUCUGGUUCAUCGUUCCCAUAUCCAUCGUGAUUUGUAAUGACAUAACUGCAUAUCUGUUUGGAUUCUUUUUUGGAAGGACGCCUUUGAUUAAGCUCUCUCCAAAGAAGACGUGGGAAGGUUUCAUCGGAGGGUUUGUCUCCACGGUGAUCUUCGGAUUUAUUUUAGCCUACCCCCUGGCUCAUUAUCAGUACUUUGUCUGCCCGGUGGAGUAUGACAGCGAAACGAACCGCUUCGCAGUGGCCUGCCAGCCCUCGGAGCUCUUCCUGCUGCAUGAAUACCGGCCCCCCAAGCUGCUGCAGCAGUUCCUGCGACAGGAGACGGUGACACUCUUCCCCUUCCAGAUCCACAGCGUCGCCCUCUCCACCUUUGCCUCUCUCAUAGGGCCAUUUGGGGGCUUCUUUGCCAGUGGAUUCAAGAGAGCUUUCAAGAUCAAAGAUUUCGCGGACACUAUUCCGGGCCAUGGUGGCAUCAUGGACCGCUUCGACUGCCAGUAUCUGAUGGCGACGUUUGUUCACGUUUACAUAGCAAGUUUUAUCAGGGGCCCCAACCCAAGCAAAGUAUUACAGCAGCUGCUACUACUGCAGCCGGAGCAGCAGCGCAGCAUCUUCAACCUGCUGCGCUCCCACCUGCGGGAAAAGGGCAUGUUGCCCCCGACUGGAAGCCAGGCGCAGUGAGGGCCGGAGAUGGACCGCUGGCCCUGUCCAGCUCGCCAUGGAACCGCCUGGAGCAUCUUAGCAUCUAUGCUUACCAAAAACAUGCUAGUAAUUACAGACAAUUAAUGCCGAGCGGUCACCCCGGCAACGGGUUGCCAUGGGGUUUGCAUGACGACUUGAAGAGGGGGCAGUGGGCUGAGGAUGCUGCUGCCCAUUUUCUUGCACUGAUACUAAUGGGUCUUUCAAGAAGGGGGGGGGUGUGCAGACUUUGCCCCUAUUACUGUUGAUGUACGGGGAACAUGGAUGGUAAUCUCUACUUUCAAAUGGUCCCAAUAAGCUGGCCUAGUGCAGUCUUUAUCUUUGGGGUCUUUGUGGUCUUGGUCUCUUUCGAGGACUGAAACCUCUCAGAUGUCUCUGAGAAGCUGUGACCCCUCCCUUCCCCCACAUAUGUCUGGAUUGACUCUCAUUGGCAUGGCAAUACGUUAAUGCAGAUCUAUAAUAACAAUGCACAGUGUACAGACGUACGUUCACACAUAUAUACAAAAAACGAAACUUAAUAGUAUACGACUUUUCGACUCCUAUUCAAGAGUUAGAGGUUAUGCAGAAAUUAUAUCUCUUUUGUUAGUGUUUAGAUCACGGGUGGGCAAUCUUACCCGCAAAGGGUCUGUGUGUGUGCAGGUGUUUGGGAUAACCUGUAGGUCAGCUGUUCAAACCCAGGUGUGAGGACUCUUCAACCAAUCAGUCCUCUAAUUAGUGACCUAAUUAGGGAGUUGCAGCAAAAACCUGCAUACACACUGGCCCUUUGUGGAUAAGAUUGCCCACCCCUGGUUUAAACUCUAACUUACUUCAGGUUUUAUAGACUCCCAUUACGGCGGAGUGGCUUGCUAGCCAGAGACGCUGUUUGCUCAAACUGCAGCCACUCUGAGUCUCACUGGUUUCACCAGGCUGAACCACCGGGCUGCUGCGAACGUUCGGACCCCCCUAACCCUAACCCUAAACCUAACCCUAACCCUAACCCCCCUAACCAUAACCCCCCUAACCCUAACCCUAACCCUCCUCGCGUCUGCAUCUUACUUUUUAUUAGCUCUGCACUUCCUGACUAUUUUCUCUCUUGUAAAAAGAGCAUUUUGAAUUUUUGAAUGAUACAGUGAGAUGAUAAACUUUGUUUUUAACUGGUUAAGAUUGAAACUUGAUGAAAGUCUGUUUCGUACCCUUAGCGCUGAGGGCUUUAAUGUUUAUUUACAUGGGGGGAGGUUACACAAAGCUAUUGCAAGGCAGUUUGGUUGAAUCACAUUACGUAUUCCCUCUAAAAACCCAUGAGAACAUCAGUUCAGUGCAUUUGAUCUGCAACAAUAGGCCUCGUGCACGUUUUGAUUGGCUACGAGGAAAUAAUUGUUUACUUUAGCAACGGCGGUACUUGAAUGGGUUUGAGUUGUCUUUAACAUAGAUUUUCUCCUCUUAUAUACUUGUCCUGUUUCUUUUUCCCAUCAUCAUUUUAUCUCUUUUCGGUUGUGUCACUUCUUCUUUUUCUCAAAAGUAUAUUUAGAGAGUUAGUGGGGUUUGUGGACCAGCUAAAUGUCUAAUAGCAUGAACUGCUCACAGUAAGUCUUUCCACUGACUAGUCAUGUACUUUUACCCGAAAAGCAGAACUCUGUGAUGUACGACAUUAGAAAGUGGGGUCUGUCAUUUUAUUAAGUUAUUUUGUUGUUUUAUGGUACCAUUGGUUUAUUAUGUGUAAUUGCUGCUGCAAAGAAUGGCCUAAAAUUUUUAAUUAUCUGCAUUGGCAGAUAGGAGUUGAUUUUUAUUUUUUUUUGAAAAUGUUUUAAUUUGAUCAUUGUUUUUAACUCUGUUUUUGGUUAGAUUUUAUUCACAGUCCAUGUAAAGGAUUAUAUGAUAUAGACCUUAUAUAACUUGAAGGUGGUUUGAUUUAAUAGUUCUGUUAAAAAACAGGACAGUGGAGAAUUGUCACACAAGAACAAAGGUAGCAAUGUUUGCUUUAUCAAAAGAUUUAAUUAUCAUUACUACUGUUAUAAUUAUUACAGGAUUUGACUGUAUAUAGUGGCGUUAAAUAAAGGCUGUAUUAUUUC